AUGUCCCGCACUGACUAUAAACACAGUGAGUGAAGGGAGGUCUAGAAAAAUCGGAGGUCAGGGUGAAAAAAUAAGCACUGAACGGCGGCACUUCUAAGAAACAAGAGAGAGAGAGAAAAAAACAGAGAAGAAGAUAAGAAAAAGAGGAUAAACUAACAACAUUGAAGUAAUCUGUUGGGAGAAUACCACAUGUGUGUGUAUGUGUACAUGUCUGUGUGUGGCUAUUGAUAUAUAUUGAAACAGGUUUGGAUUGAUACAAAGGAUAUUUAAAGCUAAUAAUGGAACCCUCGAGUCCGUCUGAGGGCCCUGUGGAACCCAAAGAGAGGAGAAAAAUCCAGUUUGCGGUCCCAGCCACAGAACCAACCCAACUGGACCCACGGCAGGUUGAAAUGAUUCGACGGCGAAGACCCACACCUGCCACGCUGUUCAGAGUAGCAGAUCAAACAUCUCCUGAGGAUGAUAACUCCACCCAUCAGUGGGUUGUAGGGGAAAAUGGUGUCCUCAAACCAAAACGAAUCAACCCAAAUAUCUACCAACCACCAUCAUUAAAAGCCGUUCAGCAGAUGGCUGAAGCUCAGAUGCAGAAAUUAGGUGUGUAUCCUCAUGUAGAGGAAGAAGGGGAGGAGCCUAUUCUGAGAGAGGAGGAGGAGGAGGAGGAGGAGCUAUCCUCAUCCCACACACCUGAUUCACAGGAGCAAACAGGCCUGGCGGAUAACCAAUCGGGAAUCCGAAAUGCAAGAGCCACAGAACUGACAGAUGAAGAGGAAGAGGAGGAGAUAGAGGAAGAAACGGACGACAUGGCCGAGGAGGAGUGCAGAAAGGUGGACUGAGGAUGCAAGAUGUUAGUGAUGCAGAACCUUGUUUGGAUGUCUGAAUUAUUGAUUGUUGAUUUGGUUAUCAGAGGUUUGUUUUCGGAGAGAGAAAAAGACUGGAAAAACUGGAAUUUUGGAGCGGUCAAAUAACUGAAAGAUUUGUACACCCUGACAUUGCCAUGAAAUAGACAUAUAUAUAUAUAAAUAAAACCUACAGUAUCACAUGUCAUGUAUUUUAAUAUCAUUCAUAAACACAAGCAAAGUGCAAAUGUUUAAUUCUGUGCGCAGUGCUGUAUGUAAGGUUUUCCCACUCCAGGAGAAUAAGAGACGUGUCAGUGUUCAUAUCAAAGCGAGUGUUAUCCCUCAUUCCCUGUAUGUGCCGGUUGUGUGAAAUUGUUCAAAAUUGCAUACUACAACUUUCACUAUUUUUACAGUAUAGAGUAGUAUGGUUGUAUGCUAUUCUGUACACAUCAUAUGUGUGUGUGCUUGUGCUAUGUGUGUGUUUGCAUUUCUAUGGGCCUACACUGCCAUCUAGUGUACAGAGAAAUGUUGUAUUGAGUCCUUUUAAUCUUAAUUAAAUCACUUGGUAAGAACAAUAAUGGCUAACUGGUACACAUGGGAUGGACUGACUAAUGAUUUAGGGACAUUAAUGGUAUUGUUUAGCAUUGUUUGCUAUUAAACCACUAAUAUCAUCUGGACCGCUGCUGUAAUCACGGACGCCAUUUCAAAUGGCAGUAUAUUUAGGGCUCUUUCUUACAAAUAUAUCAUGUAUGCAAUGUUGUUUUCCAGUUUUAAUCACAAACAGUAAAUCAGUUUUUACAAUUCAGUUACAGAUAGUGAAAUUCCAGACUCGGUGACUCUGUGUGCUCAUGUGAAAAAGGAAGAUCAUAAAGGAAAGUUGCAUUAAUAUUACCUUUAACUAAUUACUCGUAGUUUAUAUGUGCAUAGCAAACUCCAGUUAUAAACAUUACUAAUAGUUUAAAAUGAUCAACAAACAUAUUAAAAGUUCAAGGAUUUACAACAACCACGUAUUGCUUUUUUUAAGAAGGAAAAAAAGGUGAUUUUAUUGAAAUUGCAUUUGUAUGUGCAUACAAGCAUUUAAACCCCAUUGACAUACAUGGUACUUUAUCUCAAAGUCUAGUGUAAGUAAAUGCAUCCAUCAGAUAUAUGGAAAUUAUUUAGGGUGUGAUUCUGAUAAAGACUCUGAUACCAAUAAAUGUAUUUGCUCUGAAGUUUUAAAGAAGUCCAUCCUUUUUAUAUUUUUGGGAAUGGAAGAUGGGGAAAUUAAAUGAUAAAGGAGUAGUUCACACAAAAAUAACAUUUCAACAUCUGCUGAACACAAAUUCAAUGUCUCAGAAGAAACUCACAGCUCUGUUGGUUCUCACAAUGCAAGUGAAUUGUGGCCAGAACUUUCAAGUUCCAAAAAUCACAUAAAGGCAGCAAAAAAAGUUAUCUGUUGUUGAAACCAACAUCAUCUGAAAUGAUAUGAUAGGUGUGGGCAGGGCUGGACUGGUAAUCUGGCAUACCGGACAUUUUCCCAGUGGGCUGACUCACUUUGGGCCCGAUCAUGGGCGGACUGGCCAUCGGGAGAACCGAGCGGGCCGGUGUGUCGGCAGCGAAACGUGCCGAAUGGGCCGCGAUAAGCUAAAAUGCAUAACGGACAACAAACAGCGCCGCGAUAUACAGAAAAGGGCGCUCAACAAGUGUUGUGCCAGUUGCCAUGUAAAAUCCCGGGCUGAUUUAUCUUCCAAGUCCAGCCCUGGGUGUGGGUGAGAAACUGAUCAACAUUUGAGCCCUUUUUAACUAGAAAUUGUCCUCCCUGCCCAAUAGGUGAAUGUGAAUCUGCAAAAACAAAAGCGAAAGUGGAGAUUCAUAGUAAUAUGGACUUCAAUAUCAACCUGUUUUGCACUCACACUUCUCGUAUUGCUUCUGAAAAUGUGGAUUAAAACACUGGGGUCCAAUGGAUUACUUUUAUGUUUCCUUGAUGUGAUUUUGGAGCUAGUUUUUGUCAUUCAAUUGCAUUGUAUGGACCUACAGAGCUGAAAUAUUCUUCUAAAAAUCGUCAUUUGUGUGCUGCAGAAGAAUGAAAGUCAUGCAUAUCUGGGAUGGGAUGAGGGUGAGUAAGUGAUGAGGGAAUUUCAUAUUUGGGUGAACUAUCCCUUUAAGAGUAUGCAAAAGUAAUGUGUCAGGAAUUUCUUGUAAAUGCCCAACUUCAAGAGCAAUUGUACAUUGGAUGAAAAAUGGUGACUAUAAAAUGUGACAAACUAAUACUGUGUGUGUGUGUAUAUAUAUAUAUAUAUAUAUAUUUUCCUUGUAUGACUAUUAAGCUUCUAAUAAAUAGGCUAACUCUUCAUUAUUGCCUGGUCUGCAAGUUUUAGGCCUACUAUUUGGACAAAAUAUGACACUGUUUGAACGUCUGUUUGAAGUGCUAUGAUGCAGUGUUGUUUGUCACUUUACAUUUGGGAAUAAAGUAUGAUUUUUAUACCUCUAAGUGAAAAGAUUGUUUAGCUAUGCAGCAAAAGUUUGGUUGUUUUCAGAUGUCUUCAUCAUGUAAACACAUUAACCCAAUUAACAUGAUUCAGCCAAUAUCUGAUUAAGCCAAUAUUCUGGUUUCUAGCAAUCAGAGUAAGACAGGUGUCUGUAUAUCAAGCUAUCAAAUAAAUGCAUUUUUGAAGAGACCAAGGUCAGAUACGUUCAUACAAAAUGUACAUAAAGCAAUAUGGGUGGAAGCAUGUUAAGUGUCUCACGAGUUACAAUUGACUAUUUAUUGUGUGCCGUUGCAUGUACCGAAUUGAUCAACUCAUGGCAGAACUAAUAAAAAUCCAAUA